UUAAGUUAGAACAUACAAAGUUAAAUUUUAAAAAAGUUAAAUUAGUUUAUACUCGAUAUACUCUAUUAAAAUAAGUAUUGAUAAAAUAAGAUGAAAUAAACAAACUCGGAUAAUAAUAUAAAAGUAAUAAACCCCCAAAAUGAAGUCAGUCACAUACUGUUGUUGGUUAUGCAACGUAUGUGCGUGUGUAUCUGUCUUUCUGGACUAACGCCGGUUGGCACCUCAAACCGCCCCUUCACCCCCUUAUAACCCUCCACAUCUCUCUUCCUUUCUCUCUCUUUCCUUUCUUUCUCUCUCCUCACUACACUCCAUUUUCUCUCCUUAAUUCCAUGCAUCACUCCCUUUAAACGCUGUGUUUAAUUCAAUUCGUUGCAUGUUACAUUAAUUACCCCUUCUCCCCUUCAUCCUUUCCCCCUGACUCAUCACUUAUUCACUCCCACCCCUUUCGUCAUUUAUUCUUCAUUUCGUACCUCUUCGUUCAUAUCGUUUCACACACACACACACAUAUAUUGUUAGUCUUCGGAACCCAUUACUUUGACUGUAACAGUUUUGAAUGCGAAUGUUAUAAUAUAAACAACCAUUUCAACAUUUUUAUUUUUCGUGUUUUGAGUUGAUCAAAUCAAUGGCACCAGCAGCCGCAACAAGUAAUAGCAACUGGCUAUCGUUUUCUCUUUCUCCUAUGGAAAUGCUCGCUUCUUCUCAUCAAACUCAUAAUCCUCAGAUUCCUAUUAAUUCCCCUUCUCCUCAUCAUUACUUUCUCGACCCCUUUUACACCACCGAUUGGGGGAAUCAGAAAGGAGCAGGAAUGGGAAUGUACACCGACUAUGUGGUGGACCAACAGAUAGACGAUAACAACAACAACAACCACCACCACAAUACGGCGUCGUACAACAACACAGUACCAAAACUCGAAGAUUUCUUUGGCGGUGAUCAUAACAACAAUACGGCGUCGUACAACAGUCAAAACGAGUCAACAACUCAGGACUCAUCCUCUCAGUUGACUCACCUUUACGAACCACACCACCACCACCACCACCAACAACAACAAAACUCCGUUGCUGAUUAUUUCAACAACCAACAACAGCAACAACAUCAGCAGGAUCUGAAAACGAUGGGUUCUUCAGGAGGGUACCAAGGUGCAUUUUCUGGGACCUCAGGUUCUGAAGUUGAUGACUCAGCGGCGACUCAUCUUGGGGCGGAGUUUCUAGGUCAUUCUAUUGAGUCCACUCACACCGACUUGGUUCCGAGUUUUGGUGGUGGUGCUGCUACUACUACUACUAACAACAAUAGCAAUAGCAACAAUGGUGGUAAUUUGUCGCUUUCUGUAGUUCCGCAAACUACAGAUAAAUCAAUUGUUACUGUUGCUGCUGAUUCUGAUAAUAGUAUUAAGAAGAUUUCUGAUACUUUUGGUCAAAGGACCUCCAUUUACAGAGGUGUUACUAGGCAUAGAUGGACUGGAAGAUAUGAAGCACAUCUAUGGGAUAACAGCUGUAGAAGAGAAGGGCAAGCAAGAAAAGGGCGUCAAGUCUAUUUAGGUGGGUAUGAUAAAGAAGAAAAGGCAGCUAGGUCAUACGACUUGGCAGCUCUUAAGUACUGGGGCCCCACUGCCACCACCAACUUCCCGAUAUCUAAUUAUUCUACAGAAUUAGAAGAUAUGAAACAUGUGACUAAGCAAGAAUUCAUUGCUUCACUCAGAAGGAAAAGUAGUGGUUUCUCUAGGGGUGCAUCUAUUUACCGGGGUGUCACAAGGCAUCAUCAGCAAGGGAGAUGGCAAGCAAGGAUAGGCCGUGUUGCUGGCAACAAAGAUUUGUAUCUUGGAACAUUCGCAACUGAAGAGGAAGCAGCCGAGGCCUAUGACAUAGCUGCCAUCAAGUUCAGGGGUGUGAAUGCAGUCACCAACUUCGAGAUGAAUCGCUAUGAUGUUGAGGCUAUCCUUAAAAGCAAUCUUCCUAUCGGUGGGGCUGCCAAGCGCUUGAAGCUUGCUACAGAGGCAGCUGAUCAGAAACCAACACUCAGCCUAGACCAACAAUCCCAUUCAAGCAAUGGGAGUAGCGGUGGUACAAGCAGCACCAUUAACUUUGCUGCUAUCCAAUCUGUUCCUCCCAUUUCAUGUGCUGUGCCAUAUGAUGCCGCAACAGCCAUCUUCCACCAGAACCUGUUCCAUCACCUGAAUUCCAAUGGUGGAUCCCACCAGGCAGUUGCUUCUCCUGAGGCUUAUGGUUCGGGUGUGGGGAUGUCUUCAGUAGCUCCAAUGAUGUCGCUGAUGCCACAGACGCCUGCAGAGUUUUACAUAUGGCCUCAUCAAUCAUAUUAACAAGGUGAAUAGGUGAUCUACUAAUGGGGGGUUGAGAGUUUAGAAGGUUUUAGGUAUUAGUUCAGCUUAAAUUAGUGCUAUUGAUCAAAGAAAAAGCUAAUUUUGAAUCCCAGAGAUGUCUCUCUUAUUAUUAACAGGUUUUUCCCUAUCGUUCGUUCUCAGCUGACCCAACAUUGUCUUUUGAUCUUAGAAUCUGACCCAUUUAGCCUCCUAGUGUAGUGACUAGUGAUUAACCUUUGACAAGGCUGAUGUUAUAGAACUCUGGGGUUUCAUUUUGAAAGUUGGUAGAAAUUAGAGGCAUAUACUGGAAAUUUUGUGUAUGUAUAGUUAGCUUUAUUUUCAAUAGCUGCAUCGCGAGAUUGAUGAAAAUAGGUCUUGCAGAAAUGUCGUCUAGAAAAAGAAAAAAGGAAAGGUUUUAUUUUUUUUCGAGUUAUUCUUAUGGCACUACAUAUAUUUUUCA